AUGGCAUUGAGCGCACGAUCAGCUUCCAGAGCUCUACGGGCUGUCAAGGGGCGUCCUUUUGCCUCCGUACAAGCCUGUAGCUACUCUUCCUCCUCGGAGCCGGAUCUCAAGGAGACGUUCAAGAAGGUUCUGCCUGCAAAGCGCGAACUUCUGAAGAAGGUCAAGGCGCAUGCCGACAAGAAGCUUGGAGAUGUCAAGGUCGAGAAUGCCCUGGGUGGCAUGAGAGGUCUCAAGGCCAUGGUCUGGGAAGGAUCAGUGCUCGAUGCGAACGAGGGCAUCCGAUUCCACGGCAAAACCAUCAAGGACUGUCAAAAGGUGCUACCCAAGGGCACUUCCGGCACUGAGAUGCUUCCCGAGGCAAUGUUCUGGCUAUUACUCACAGGCGAAGUACCCUCGGUCUCGCAAACUCGCGCGUUGUCCCGAGAGCUCGCUGAGAAGGGUAGCAUUCCCAAGUUCGUUGAAAAGAUGCUCGACGACUUCCCCAAAGAUCUCCACCCGAUGACACAGUUCGCCUGCGCCGUAUCCGCACUCAACUACGAGUCCAAGUUCGCAAAAGCCUACGAGAAGGGUAUUAACAAGGCCGACUACUGGGAGCCUACCUUCGAUGACUGCAUCAGCCUCCUCGCGAAACUGCCUACCAUUGCUGCAAAGAUCUACCAAAACGCAUACCGUGGUGGAGGCGCCCUCCCGAACGAGAUCGAUCUGAACCAAGAUUGGUCAUACAACUUUGCUGCCAUGCUUGGCAAGCCAGGCAAGGAGAACGAGGGUUUCCAAGACCUUCUCAGGUUGUACCUUGCUCUGCACGGUGACCACGAGGGUGGUAAUGUCUCCGCGCACACAACACACUUGGUCGGGUCUGCGCUCAGUGAUCCUUUCUUGAGCUACAGUGCUGGUCUCCAGGGUCUUGCAGGACCUUUGCAUGGCCUGGCUGCGCAAGAGGUGUUGCGAUUUAUCCUCGACAUGCAAAAGGUCGUCGGCGAGAAGUUCACCGAGAAGGACGUCAAUGAAUACCUCUGGAGCGUACUCAAGUCUGGACGUGUUAUUCCUGGUUACGGCCACGCUGUGCUUAGGAAGCCUGACCCGCGAUUCGAAGCUCUCAUGGACUUUGCAAAUGCCCGACCCGAGAUUGCAGCAAACCCUGUAUACCAGCUGGUCAAGAAGAACUCUGAGGUUGCACCGGAUGUACUCAAGGAGCACGGAAAGACCAAGAACCCCUUCCCCAACGUCGACUCGUCAUCUGGUGUCCUCUUCCACCACUACGGCUUCCAGGAGACCCUUUACUACACUGCGACAUUCGGUGUCAGCCGUGGUCUGGGCCCGCUCGCACAGCUGAUUUGGGACAGGGCGUUGGGUCUGCCUAUCGAGCGUCCAAAGUCCAUCAAUCUUCAGGGUAUACUAGACCAGGUUGGCGCGUAA